CUGAUGUGUGCCACUGUUGCUAGCCGCUUGCAGCUAGCUAUUGCGGGGCUAUCAGCCGCGGAGGCUGGAGCUGGGAGCGCUGGAUGACCACAAAUAGAUUGCUUCAACACGUUCCUGGUUGUUGACGACUCGUUUGCAAAAGGGGGAAAUAACUCCUAUGAGCUUUCAACGUCCGAAUUGAACAAGAACAAGGGCUUUCUUCGCAACAAUGUAACACAAUAAUAAGAAAUAUGGAUCUCGGUAUCUCUUCAGAUUCGUCGCAUCGUGAUUUCAGCAUACGCGAGCGUAGCAGGCGGGCGCGAAUUGAUGCGUGCUUACAGCUGUGCCUCAGCGGACGCCUUGUUUUGGAUGCAGCCCCGGCAGGAGCUGAAGGUGCAACGCAGCAGAUCAUCACGUAUAUAACGUGCAGGUCUGUCGCAACUCUGCAUCACAGAGGACGCGACAGAUACCAUGGCUCCCAUCGACGAUACAACCGACGCAGACGCAAAAGCGACCGAAGUACUAAAGAUUGUCGAACAGUAUGGUCUGAACUACGAGCGGACUGGAGCUUGGGAUGGGUUCGAGACGUUCCUACCUAUUGUGGCGGGACAGGUAGAGCGCAAGGAACCAAUUCGCAUGUUACUACCUGGUUUCCCUUUCAAAUCGCCAAAUCAGAAAGACAAGGUGCUGGGUGUCUUGCCGGAUUUGGGCGAAGAGCUUGCGCUGAAACAUCUGGAUGGGCUGUGCGAGAAAAUCAAAGCGAUCUAUGGGCAUGGCGCUGAAUGCCACAUCACAUCUGAUGGUCUCGUAUACAACGAUCUGCUUGGUGUGACCGAUGAAACCGUAUGGAACUUUGGACAGGGCGUGCGAGAAAUAGCUGCAGCCAACAAGCUUCAGAACCUUAGCUUUUUGCGCCUCUGGGACCUGCUCGAUUAUCCCGGAGACUUCCAGUCAAAAGAGUACUAUUUGAAGCAUGCAGCAAACAUUCGAAAAGAGCUCAAGCAACGUUUUGGUGACCCCAAAUUCGAAGCGGACAUGGCCAACACAUCCACUAGCGACAUGCAGAUGACGCAUACCAAGUAUCUCGAGUUUCUAAAGCAGGACCUGGCUUUCAACGAUCGGCACAACGCGCUGUCACCAGAAGACCAGGCUGCGAAUAUUGCCAACACAGCAAAGGAGAUGAUGGGUCGAUGGAAAGCGUUUUCCGCUGCGCUGGCAGCCGUACCUACACAAUACAUCCGUCUAUCAAUCCACGAUUCGGGUGGUAAAGAUAAGCUGUCCAUGGCUAUCAUUCCGCAGCAAGAAAAAGGAGCUUUGGGCGCAACGCCAUGGCACUCGACGCUCGUGAUCGAGGCAGAUGGAACGUUGCGUACGGUGCAGCGAUGCAAAGUCGACAAAGGAAGCUAUCAGCUCAUUUGUCGCGAUGACCGACCGUACUGUUUCCGCGCCAAGCUAGAAGGCGAAGACGAUUCGAAUAAAACAUUCGAACAACUGUAUCCCUCUGGUCUCACGAUUCGAGAUCGCAAGGCGGUGGCUGCUUAACAUGGUGGUUGAGAGAGGAGAAAAUUGUAGAGAGGGUUUUCAUCGAAUGUCAAGUGGAACAGGCGUGGGUGCAAAUUGCAUUAAAUCCGGUGAAGGUUGCAGUGCUUUGAGUCAGAUGUACUCGGUUCGGACAGACAUCAUACGAGCAGGUGGAUUAUAGUGCUGGAUUAGUAUUUAGCCUUAAUGCUGUGGGACGAUGAUUAGCGACUAGGUGUGUUCGGUGAGGCUGCGAAACUCCGGGAGCAGCCCAAUUGUAUGGUAGAAGCAUGGCGCCCCUGUUAUCCCCAUGGCCCAAAUCUUGGUGAUCGGUCGAUGAACAAAAAGGAUCAUCCGCUUGUGGCGGCGUGAUGUCCGCAGGAGGAGAAGAUUCGCUUUGGCAAAACACGACAUGUCUUGUCGCUGUGUGAGAGUUGAGAUAUCGUUUGCCCAGAUGCAGGGUGCGCUGGCCUAUGUAGACAAUAGAGUUAAGAGUGA